AUGGCCAAAAAGGCACGUCAGAGGAUAAGCUAUGUAUGCGAGCUCGACCACUCCUCGUCAGGCGGCCACAGACUCGGCGUCAAUGGCCUGGCUGUUGACCCGAAUAACGCCAUUCUCUACUCGGGCGGACGAGAUGGAGUUGUGUGCGCCUGGGAUUUGAGCGCCGUAGACGCCACCUCUGACACCAAGUCAAAGUCGGCCACCAAAUUCCGCACCUCUACUCAGGCGCAUACCCAUUGGGUCAACGAUAUUGUCCUAGCCGCUAAUAAUACUGCUCUGGUGUCUGCCUCCUCCGAUUUGACCGUGAAGAUAUGGCGACCAUUGGCCGGCGAGACCGAGGCCCACACCUUGGGUGAACAUACCGAUUAUGUAAAGUGUCUCGCAACCCCUACCGGCGGCGAUUGGGUCGCAUCCGGUGGCCUCGACAGGAAGAUAUACCUAUGGGACAUCAACGGCAAAGGCCAGUCGCUGGGAAUUGAUGUUAGUGGCGAAGAUGUCAAAGAGAAGGGAUCUGUGUAUGCCCUCAGUGCUGGUCGGAAUAUAUUAGCAAGUGGAGGGCCGGAAUCCGUUGUCCGAUUGUGGGACACCAAGUCCGGCAAGAGCAUCACAAAGUUCGUUGGUCAUACUGACAAUGUUCGCUCCAUUCUGGUCAACGAGGCGGGUGACACCGUCAUGACUGCAAGUUCGGAUCAGACGGUCAAGGUCUGGAGUGUCACAGCAGGAAGAUGCAUGUAUACAUUCACUAUGCAUAAUGACAGUGUGUGGUCCUUGUUCUCGGAUCAUCCAGAUCUUGGCAUCUUCUACAGCAGUGACCGCUCCGGCUGGGUGGUCAAGACUGAUGUCAGAGGCGUCUCAGACAUGGAUGAGGGCCUCUCCGUUGCUGUGGCGCAAGAGCACAAUGGCGUGGGCAAAAUCGUGGCCUCUCGUGACUGGAUAUGGACCGCCAGCACGAGCUCAUCGAUCAACAGAUGGAGAAACGUCGAGACAGGGCCAGACGCACAACUUCCCGAGGCUUACAAACGUGCUCGAGCAAGUAGCACAUCCUCAAAGACUUUCCAACCACCAUCUGCGAUCGUCAAUGGCACAAACAAGAAGGAGAUAUCGCCAAAGUCCAUUCUCAAAAUAUCUCACACUGCCACAUUCCCACCGACUUUAUCAAGUCCAUCCGAUCCCAAUCUGGAAACACCCGCAGCUAAUAGGACAUCUGUGCUUUUGGAGCCCGAGUCACAUGAUGUGGAACCUUUGGACCACUUGCCCGAGGAGACGAUUGAGGGUCAAAAUGGUUUGGUGAAGCACAAGCUCCUCAAUGACAGACGACGCGUUCUCACGCUGGACACGGCAGGAGACGUGCUACUGUGGGACUUGAUCAAGUGUGAAGUCAUCCAGAGGUAUGGUAAGAAACACCUCGAGGAUGUGGAACCCGAGGUCAACACAUUGGAAGCUGUUGCUCCCUGGUGCUCAAUUGAUACUAGUUCCGGCAACUUAACGGUCGUGCUCGAGCCAUUUAAUUGCUUUGACGCCGAAAUGUAUGCCGAUGAACUGGUGCUGGAAGAGCCCGUGGAGUUCCGAGAUGACCAGAGAAUCAACCUUGGAAGAUGGGUUCUGCGUUAUCUGUUUGCCGGCUUGAUUGACCAAGAAAUCAAAAAGGAUGAGGCAUACAGGGGAAGGCUCAACGAGAGCGUAGAGCGACGCUUGUCCGCAGCAAGGGUUAACCCACCACUAUCAAUUCCCAUUCCGCCCAUACCAGAUUUUGAUGAGACCGGCUCAAACGUGGUAACGCCUCGAGCUAACGGCGCAUAUCCCAUCAUGACUCCCGGUCUAGCGAUAGGAGUAGCUACGCCUGGUCCGCAUGGUCACUUGCCCGGUGUCCCCGAAGGCUCUGCCCUGACUCCAGGUACACCACACGAAAAGCGUUCUUCUACAAGUCGACCAUCUGCCGAAGAUUAUUUCGCGGGUGGCAUCAGUUCUGCGGAUGCGCCAGCGAAAGCUGCCGCCGCAGAACCAGCCAAGGAUGAAACACCAAAGACACCAGUAACGGACAUCAAAGAGAAGGAAAAGGACACUACCAAGUCGCCAACCGCAUUUGGAAAGAAAUUCCGCAUGGGAAUGUCUUUUGGGAGUAAGAAGCUCGGAAGAUCCUCAUCGUCGACGCAGCCUGAAAAGCCAGUCGUUGUAGAGGAAAAGAAGGACGAAGAAAACAAGUCAGAAUCUUCAUCAAACCACGAAAAGGAGGUGGAUGACAGCUUUUAUGGUGUCAUCCAAAAGAUCCACAAUGAGUACGAAAAGCAGCUCAUCGAGAAACCAGAUCAGCUCGUCGAGACCAGAAUUACACCAAGCUUGCCCAUUGACACGCCGGUGUUGAAGUUACCGCCAGGAACCCGCAUUAUUAUACAAGAAGAAAUGUCAGGUGGUAGUGCCAAUCUGUACCGGGGUACAGUUGAGACAGUGGGCAGGGACGCAGACAUUAUCGAGCAGAAGGCUCCAAUGUGGCUGGGUGAGGUGCUUUUGACGAAUUCAAUACCGCCCAAGGACCCUGUCAAGGUCUCAUUCAUUCUACAUCCCUGGGAAAAUGCACUCCCUACGUUGACGGCAACGGAUGGCAACAAUCGCUUGAAUGCCAAUAGGAUGCUUCGUGUAAAGAAAAUCCUUGCUUAUAUUGCUGAGCGAAUUGAUCCAUCAUUAGAUGAAUCAGACGAGGAUGCUCUCAAGCCGGAGGAGUACCUUGAGCUGUACUGUAAUGACCAAUUGCUCCCAAUCACCAUGAGCCUCGCAACGUUACGGGCGCAUGUAUGGAAAGGAGGUAAUGAUGUGGUCCUGCACUACAAGGCAAAUGGCCGAAAGGAGCUUCCCAAAGAACUACCCAAACCUGCAGAGCAGCAACCAGCAGCCGAACCGGCUGAAGCUGCACCUGCAGCAGUCACUGAGUAA